AUGGCCACCUCCACCGCUCCGCUGCGUCCCAUCGCGCGCGACGAGGUCGCAAAACACAACAAACCAGGCGACAUCUGGGUCGUUGUAGACUCGAUUGUCUACGACCUCAGCAAGUUUGCAGCAAUGCACCCAGGCGGCGAAGCUGUGCUGCUAGACGAGGACAUUGCAGGCAAGGACACGACCACUGUCUUCUUUGGCCUCCACCGACACGAGGUGCUCCUGCGUCCCCAGUACGCACGGCUCCGCAUCGGCCAGAUCCAAGGCGAGAAGCAGCGUAUCCGUACCCCGCAGCCGGGCGACCUCUCGCGUGUUCCUUACGGAGAGCCCACCUGGCUCAAUCCGGCUUUCAAGACCCCAUACUACAACGACUCGCACCGUCGUCUGCAGGCCGAGUUCCGAAAGUUUGUGGACGAGGUCAUCCUUCCAGACGCGCUGGUCAAGGAGGACAACGGCAAAGCCCCGUCAAAGGAAGUGGAGCAGGCCAUGGCCGACAAGCUCGUCAACCAUAUGCGCCUGGGACCCGGAAAGCAUCUUCACGGUCUGGUCCUGAUGGGUGGGGUAAAGGGCGAAGAGUUUGACUUUUUCCACGAGAUGAUUGUGACGCAAGAACUGGCUCGGAUGCCGACUCGCGGCUACUCGUCUGGCCUCGGCACAGGAGUCUUCCUGGGCCUAUCACCCGUCAUGAACUUUGCCAAGGAGCCGCUGCGCUCUCGUGUCAUCGACGAGGUGUUGACCGGCAAGAAGGUCAUGUGCCUCGCCAUCACCGAGGCGUUUGCUGGCUCAGACGUCGCAGGCAUGAAGUGCCGCGCUACUCGCAGCGCAGAUGGUAAAUACUGGACAAUCAAUGGCACCAAGAAGUGGAUCACGGCCGGACGGUACGCCGAUUACAUUCUGCUGGCGUGCAAGACGUACAACGGCGACGGGCCAGACGGCCAGGUGACGACCUUCCUCGUAGAACGCAGCGAGGGCCUCGAGACCAAACCUAUCCCUACUACAUACUCGGCGGCGGCUGGAACCGCGUACGUCACGUUUGACAAUGUCAAGGUUCCCGCAGAGAACCAGAUUGGCCCCGAGGGGCGUGGUCUCUACAUCAUCUUCUCCAACUUUAACCACGAGCGCUGGUACAUGUGCUGUGCAGUAUCAAGGGGAGCCCGACAGAUUGUCCAAGAGUGUCUGCUGUGGGCUGCGCAGCGCGACGUCUUUGGCAAGCCACUCCUCGCACAGCCCGUCAUCCGCCAAAAGCUUGCUGGCAUGAUUGCCAAGACCGAGGCUAUGCAGUCCUGGGUCGAGAACGUUACAUACCAAAUGUGCAACAUGGACUAUGCCUUGCAGGCAAAGCACCUCGCCGGCCCUAUCAGCUUCCUCAAGAUGCAAAUCACACACUGGACGGGCGAGAUUACAGACGAGGCUGUUCAGAUCUUUGGUGGUCGCGGCCUGACCAAGACCGGUAUGGGCAAGUACAUCGAGCACUAUCAGCGCACCCGCAAGUUUGACGCUGUGCUCGGCGGCGCGGAGGAGGUCCUCGGCGACCUGGGUGUUCGCCAGGCGAUGAAGUUUAUGCCCGACGACCAGCGUCUGUAG